AUGACUUGUUUGACUGGCAGGCAAGUGUCAAAAAUUGCAAAUUUUGCUUUGUUUUGAAUACAUACGUGAGCUAAAUUAUCACUAUUUAUUUAAAUUUAUUAGGUCGCAAUAAAUCCUAUAAUUAUUACACAAAGAUCAACAAGUGCAUUACAAGAUAACAAAGUGUUAGAAGCCUCAGGCUUGAAAAUAAAUAAGUUUUUGGUGAAAGGAUAUGUGUUAAACGUAAUUUGUUGUAAUUUUACCAUUACACAAUGGGCAAUCAGCUGGUGGGUGUUGCUCCAUCACAGAUUUAUCCCGUAGAACAUUACCUGAGCGAUCAUGUCGACCUAUCAUUUGAUCAGAGCUUGGGUUCCACCCGUUUCCUGAAGGUAGCUAGAGCGAGAUCCCGUGAGGGUCUAGUCGUAGUGAAGGUGUUUGCUGUCCAUGAUCCCUCGUUACCACUUGCUGAACAUAAGGAACGGAUCCUGAAGAUAAAAGAGCAGCUAGCUUCAGCAUUCAACUGUCUGCCGUUUCAGAGAGUUAUUCUAACAGACAAAGCAGGUCUCCUCAUGCGUGAGUACUGCAAAUGUAGUGUGUACGACCGCAUGUCCACCCGUCCGUUCCUCACCACGCUGGAGAAGAAGUGGAUCACCUUCCAAGUGCUGUACGCGCUGCAUAGAAUGCACAAGCUUGGGAUAUGUCAUGGUGAUAUUAAGCUAGAAAACAUAAUGGUGACAUCCUGGCUGUGGGUGCUGCUAACAGACAUAGCGUCCUUCAAGCCGACCUUCCUCCCUGAUGAUAAUCCGGCAGACUUCAGCUACUUCUUCGAUACCUCUCGAAGGAGGCUGUGCUAUGUGGCCCCUGAGAGAUUCGUCAGGGCUCCUGAUCCUCAUAAUAGACCUAUGAGUGAUGACAAAAUGGGCGGACUCUUGCUAAGCGAAUCACCAUGUAAAGUUGGCGAGCUUGUUCCUAGCAUGGAUAUAUUUUCAGCUGGCUGUGCUCUCCUAGAACUUUGGAACGACGGCACUCCAGCCCUAGACCUCCCUGGUCUACUAGCCUACCGUAACGGAGAAGACAGACCUCCCACCAUGACCCUCAGCACUGAUGACCCACAGUUGAGGACUCUCCUCCACUCCAUGACUGAGAGGAACCCCAGAGAUAGGAGGACUGCCGAGUUGUAUCUCGAUGAGGCGAGGGGCAAAUUAUUCCCAGAAUAUUUCUACUCGUUCCUCCAAUCCUACAUGCUAAUAUUCUCCGCCCAACCAAUACUACCGCCUGACGAAAAAAUACUCCGCAUCCACCAGGACAUUAAGAACAUUAUCAAGAUCUUCACCCAACCCUCAGACGCUAAGAACUAUCAAGACUUGGUUGAAGAAACGACAGACCACCAGAAUAUAGACAGCAUUGAUAAAUUGAAGGAUAAAUUUAAAGUGCUCAAUGUGAAUACGACGGAUUUUGAUGAUGAUGAUGAUAAGGCUCCUGAAAGAAAGGAUAUGGGACCUGAUAGUGAAGGCUUGAUACUCAUUACGUCAUUGGUCACGUCAUGUAUUAGAGGGUUGCAUCAUUGUACCUCGAAGUUGUAUAGCUUGGAGAUUUUGCAGCUGUUGUGCGAGAAUUCUAGCUCGGAGACUAUUUUGGAUCGGAUUCUGCCUUAUAUUAUCCAUUUAUCGCAUGAUAACGUAUCCCGCGUCCGUGCCCGCGCCGUAGCCACCUGCGCUCGCGCAUUGUCCGCCGUCCGAUUACUCCCCAACUCGGACUGCAACGUGUUCCCCGAGUACAUCCUGCCGGAGCUCGGCCCCCGCGCCACCGACCCCAGCGUGCCCGUGCGCAUCGCGUAUGCUAACAAUAUCGCUAAACUGGCGGAGACGGCGGUACGUUUCCUGGACCAGACACAAAACAUGGUGGAGAAAGAAGCAGCUAAUAUCAACUACGAAACUGAGUUAUCUGCUCUGCAUGAAAUGGUUCGGUCGACAGUAUCGUACUUAUUAACCGAUUCGCAAGCGGUGGUCAAGCGAGCGUUAGUAGAAAAUGGCAUCACAAAGCUUUGUAUAUUCUUCGGCAAACAAAAAGCAAACGACGUGAUACUAUCGCACAUGGUGACGUUCCUGAACGACAAGGAGGAGGCUGGGCUGCGCGGGUGCUUCUUCGAGCGCGUGGUCGGCGUCGCGGCCUACGUGGGCCACCACGCCGCGCCUAUACUUGUACCACUCUUGCAACAGGGCCUAACCGACCAAUCAGAGUGGAUAAUAGCGAAGGCUUUAAGAGCUACUACAAAUCUAGCGGAGCUAGGGUUGCUGCCCAAACAGGCGCUCUGUGACCUGGUGGCCGAGAGCGCCGUGUUUCUAGCGCAUCCUAACUUGUGGAUUCGUCACGAAGUCUGUGGCCUGGUGUCAUGUGUAUCCAGCCUGCUUAACCCCAUAGACGUGAACUGCAAGAUACUACCCCUCGUCUGGCCGCAUCUCAAGCACAAACUUAUACAGGUGGAAAGAGCAGAGUUACUGCUAGAAAGCUUGGCGGAACCUAUUCCUCGUAAGGUGUUAGACGCAGUGCUGCGUCACGGUGAUGUCGACAGACUUGUGCAUACGCUACGAGAGAGACGGAAUACUAGACUUAAGGUAAAACAGGGCACAGUUCCACAAUAUUCGGAAAUGGGACAGCAGCUCAGAAACUUGUUCAGGCGACUGGCUUCCGAUGGUAUGACGGAGCACGUGGAAAACCAGCUGUUAGCAAUGAGUGCGCAUUUAAUUAAAAUACAAGGCUCAUCUACACAGCACAUCACGGAGGCCCCAGGUCGGCUGGUGCUGGCCAAGGGCAUGUCUCGCGCCGUGCAGCUGGACUGCAUGCCGCAUGUCGACUGCGACGCACACAGCCGGCGCAGUCACAAAACGUCGGUAUCGCACGAGACACAUAUGAACACGGAAUGGCAACACAUGUUCGGACAAUCACAUGAACAACAUUCUAGAGUUUCAGAAAGCGCGGCACAAUCACAGACUGUGUCAGUAGGCGGCGCCGUGUCACAAGCUAUGUCUGUGCCGCCGCAUCACUCGCAGCUCGGACACAGUGCUAGCUAUGUGCAAUACAGCAUGGCGCCGUGUCGCGUGGAGCUGAGAGACUUGACGGCGCGGAUGCAGCAGAAAUAUCAGAAAUCAUUGAGGAGUCAUGAUGAUCCACUAGACAACAAUGAUGAUAUGUUGCCCCCGGCCGGCUGGCGGCCCGGGAACCAGCUGCUUGCUUACUUACAUGAACACAAGGCUCGAGUUAAUCAGAUGGUGACGCUACCAGCGCAGGUGUCGCUGUUCGGCUCGUGCUCCGACGACGGCACCGUGCGCCUGUGGGACGCUCAACGACUGCACACGCAGGCACACAUCAACAGGUCCAAAUCAAUGUACAAUAGGAACGCAGGCCCGGUAUUGUCGAUAGCCGCGUGUGAAGCCGGCCAGUCACUAGUAGCUGCUACGCAAGAAUCUGUCUUUGUGUUAAGGGUAGACAACAACUCGUCCCGCAUGACGUUGUCACAAGGGCGUCAGUUGGAGGGUGACGGCGACGACGCGGUGUGCGUGGCUGCGCCCGCGCACGGCGCCGUCAUCUCCUAUGCCACGCUACUCGCUAACAUUGUGGGCUGGGACCUCAGGGCUCCAGGUAACGCGUGGAAGCUACAAGGCGACUUGAAGCAGGGGGUGUACACGUGCCUAUACGCGGACCCGUGCGGGUACCUCGCUGUGGGCACUUCCAGUGGCGCCAUCUGUGUGUGGGACCUGAGGUUCCAUCUGCCUAUCACGUCUGUGAGGCAUCCUAAUUCGGAGCGAGUACGGCGUAUAGUAGGCAGUGGGAACAGCGGGUGCGUAUGGGCGGCGGGCGGACGCGACGCGGCGGCGUGGAGCCUGGAGUCCACGCAGAGGACGCACGCGCUGUGGCCCAGCACCAACGCGCUGCAGCCGCUGCACUACACGCCGGCGGCUUCCCACUACAUAAGCGCGAUAUACUGCGGCGCUCGUGAAGGUAACAGGUUCGUGGUGACCGGAGGCUCCGACCUUCGGCUGCGGUACUGGGACUUGGAGCACCCUGAGGACUCGUAUGUGCUGUUACAUGCACAUAACGACUCGUUGAGGAACUCGCCUAAUGCUGUUAAAUAUAGGAGCCGCAUAAUAGACGGCACGACCGUCAUCCAGGAAUGCUGCAAGCAGAACCCUUCAGCUCCAUCCUCACUCAUAGAAGACAAUAUAUACCGCAGCGUAGAGUCCAGGUCAUUCUACCAUACCGCGCCUAUUACUGACUUGACCAUGGUGGAAGGUAGCAAGCCUUAUCUUGUCAGUGCUGCUGCCGAUGGGGUAAUUAACGUCUGGAAAUAGAAAAAAUAAUAAUUUUUGGGACUUAUAAAGUUAUAACUUAUAAUCUAAAGACAAUAUAUACCGCAGCGUAGAGUCCAGGUCAUUCUACCAUACCGCGCCUAUUACUGACUUGACUAUGGUCGAAGGUAGCAAGCCUUAUCUUGUCAGUGCUGCUGCCGAUGGGGUAAUUAACGUCUGGGAAUAGGGUUGCCAGGAUCAAAAAAUAUUUUUGGGACUUAUAUGGCCUUACUACAAAAACUUAAACAUCUGUUUUACACUUGUCUAAAAAAAAUGUGGCUGCACACUGAACCAUAAUAUGUCAACGUCAUAAUCUGACAUUUUUUUAGACAAGUCUUAAACUGACGUUUAAAAGUUUUUGUGAUAAGACGGUUAAAGUUAUAACCUAAAGACAAUAUAUACCGCAGCGUAGAGUCCAGGUCUUUCUACCAUACCGCGCCUAUUACUGACUUGACCAUGGUCGAAGGUAGCAAGCCUUAUCUUGUCAGUGCUGCUGCAGAUGGCGUUAUUAACGUCUGGAAGUAGG